CCUUCGUUUUUAUUCCUUUUUUUUGUUGAUUUUUUUCAAAAAUAUUAUAAUAACGAUAUACCACUAUUUUUAUCUAGUGAUGCUUUCCUAUAUUUGUAGAUAUUAUUUAAUAAUUCCAAAAAUCUAAACUAUUAAAAAAUAUUUAAAAUAUAGCAAAAUUAAUAUUUGGGAAAAAGAGCCCAAAAGUUUUCUCAGUCGGGCUGAAUUUGGCCUAUUUAACUUAAAAUUGGACCUGGGCUGUAGAAUUUUAGGGUAGAGGUCAAAAUGGCUGGGCUUCGGCCCAAUCGUGAACAGCGAAUUUUCUUUGGGCUUUUACAAAUUGAUGCUACACGAAUUCGGGACAAUCCUAUCCAAUGGCGCGGUACGGUGGCGCUCUGGUCUCGGCCGUUGAGGUUUCUCCCGCCAAGAUAGCAGGCUUCAACGGUCUUCACUAUCCGACGUUUUUCCUUUUCCCUUCUUUCGUAAAGCCUUUGGUUAAUUGUACUUUGACUUCUUCCGUAAUUUACAGAGCCACUCCGAUCACGGCCAGCUACGUUUACCCAGAACCAAUACCGGAAUUUGCAGAAGUUGAAACCCAGAAAUUUAAGGAGCAGUUGUCGAAAAAACUAGCGAAGGAUCGCGAGACAUUCGGGAACGACUUCGAUUCGGUUGUGGAUGUUUGCUCGAAGUUAAACGACAAGUCGGCAAACCCGUAACCGGCUGGAUGGAAGUUCCACGUGGAGAGAUGCCAGAAAUCGUUAUCUUUGGACGGACUUGCUCAGCGGUGUCGACGGAGGUCAAUGUUUUUAGGCUAAUUAAAAUAUUAAUUAGUUUCUUAAUAAACUAAGAUUAUAAAGUAUUUAAGACGGCAAAGCGUGCGGCUUCCAUAAUAUUCUCAACAAUAUUUAUUUAGGAAAAACUUAGACAAAGACAUAGCACCAUCUUAUCCGCCUGCCUAAUUCUGGAAAAUUUUUUCUUUAUACUGUUUCUCUUUAUAAUGUUUUCAGAAACUUUUGUGUUUUGAUGACGAGAAAAAUGCUGUUGAAACAGUGAAGAACAAAAUCAAAUGAACACAGAAACAAAAAAAGAAGGUGGUGCUUGUGUAUGGCAGAUUCGACGACACCCAUGGAUGGAAUUCAUCAAAAUUUUAACUUUGUGUUUCUCAUUUGGUGAUUGAUUCUCUUGAAAUUUAAGGAUUAGUUUAUUAUUAAAGCUAAUCCACUUGGGAUUAUUUUAAGUUACGAACAUAAUAAGCACAUUAAUGUUUGGAAGAAAUAAAGCAGAUUGGUUUUGUUGACAA